UUUGACUGAUAUUCGACUCGUGCUUCAUCAUGAAUUAUUUUAUAUAUUUCAGGGAGACGUUUAAGUAAUAUUGAAGAGGAUUAAGGGAUAAAAUAUUUACCAUGUCACAAAUAGCUAGUUGUGUGUAUUCCCGACCAGAAGGGGCAGUAAAGAUUUAAUAUAGGCAGUGGCAAGACAAACCGGAACCUGGAAGUAGAACUCUGAAUGUCAAAUGUAGCAAGUGGGCAUCGCCUUUAGUAGCCCAACGUAAAAAUGUCUCGCCACUCUUUGUUUGGGGUUUCUUUGUUAACAAAACACAUUGCAAACAAUGUGCUACUAACGCUACGUACGAUUAACAUCUUCAACAGAUUGCAAGCGUGCGGAUAUGCGAAAAAAGCAGCGGCCAAGGGCAAAGGAAAAGGCUUCGUAAAAGAGGAGCUGAAAGGUCCAGAAGUGUGCAAAGAUCCAGUCAGACUGACGACUUAUGCGGUGGGGGCAAACAUCUACAAACAAGGGGAAGACCCCAAACUGAAGCCUCCUGAAGAAUAUCCAGACUGGCUCUUCCAUCUGAACCUGGGUCCGGCCCGGCCGCUUUACGAGCUGGAGGAAGAGAGCUGGGAAUACUGGAAGCGUCUCCGAAAGGAAAACAUUUGGCGUCACAACAGGCUAAGCAAAGGGAAGAAGUUUUAGAGUGCCAUCGCUGGGCCGGACUGGGCGGUCCCGACCAACCACUGUCCCGGUUCUGGGUGGUCUUGCUGAAUAAACUGUCAAAUGGUUGCUCACGGUGAUUGGUUGAAAAUGAUGGCUGGUUAUUCAGCUGGUUAUUUCAUAUGCAUUACACAUCUUCAUAUUUUGCUUUCUUUUGCCUGUCCCUGAUUAAAACAUCCUUCCGUAACUUUCACUCAUUGUUUUACAUGCGAUACAGUCGUCCCUCCCGAUACCACACUUCCAGUAUCACACCCUCACUAUAUGGUGCCUUUUCGACAAGUUAAAAGAAGCCAGGCAGUAGGUCAGAGCGAUGAGUUCCGUGGCAUGUGCCGACGGACUGGCUUGAUGAGUCAGAAAGAACAACAGUGUGGUCAUCGACAACAGCGAGCCCCACACGGGCGGAGCCCAGGUGGGGCUCUCGGGAAGCAGAGCUGCAGACAUAGAACACAAGGUCUGGGUUUUCAGGAUGGGGGUGCAAACCUCCUGCAGGGCGGCGACAGAGUGUUGCUCGCCAUCUUCCCGCAGCGGUAGGAGCGGCCAGGUUCAAAGUGUUGUAACGCUUGACUGUGAGGUCAGGGAGCCCAGAAAGGCUGGUGUGAUAUUUCAGCCACCAGAUGUACAAGUCAUGUAAAUAUACAUGUUUAAAUAUGAUCUUAAAUUGGGCAUAAACUGUAAGGUGGUCAUCCUGAACUCACUAGUGAGGAUGUGAGACGGGGGUGAGGUAGGUGGGAGUGAUGUGGAUGUCCAUAUCGGACGUAUGAGUUUUCGGCUUUAUGAGCAUGUGUGAUGUGACUAGUGAAAUGCUGGUGAAGAAGACAGCGGGCAAACAGGAGGAUACGUGAGAAAAGGAGAAGGGCGAAAGAGAGAACGAGGGAUUGUGCACAGUGGGAAAGGUAACAUGCAAAAGAGACAAAUGGGGGGUAGUUUAGGAGGGGGGGGGGAUGCUGAUCUGAUGGUGUCUUGGGACAGAGAGCAGCUUUCAUCAAGGUACGGUAUGUACGUGUGUGUGUGGUGUGACAGGCGUGGACGCACACUGAACAAGAUGUGUCCGUCACUCGUAACACGCCGAGACUACCAGGAAAUUACAUCAUGAACUGUGUUGCCAAAAUAAGAGCACAGGAAACUACACAAAUCUACAAAAGGUUUUCCGACAUCGGGGCCUGGGGGAACUUUGGUUGACCUAUAAAAUAAACUGUAAUAACUCAGAAACAAAACAGCACAAACGUAGCUUGUGAGACUAUUUGAGUGGGAUGGGGGGCCAACUUCACUCAGGUCAAUAACCACAGGCAUACAAUCGGCAGACAUGUUGAUAUGAAAUGUUAGCUGACCGAUAUAGAUGAUCAGUACGGCCACAGCGUGGCUUCCUGGUUGUGGUAUUGUUCAUCCACCAUGAUGACAGCUCGGCACCCCUCGUCAAUGAACUUCUUCCCAACUGCGUCUGUCUAGGAUUUCUCCAGGAAAUUCCGUUUACGCUGAAGUCCGUCCCCUUCAGUUUCCGGCCUCGGCUCUUCACCCGUUCUUUCUGCUUAAAAUGUUUGGAGUUUGCCACGAUGGGUCUCAGCCUUCGCUCUCUGGCUUUUUGGCUCCCAGCUCCCACCUCCUACAAAGUUGUCCCGCAUGCUCCAGGCCCGGGGGUCCAGGAUAGUCUCCUUCAUGGUUUUAUUUUCUUGAGUUGUGAAACUCCACCGGUGAGGGACUUCACCAACUCGUGGAGGUCUGCGUUCUCCAUGACCGAGGAGACCAUCUGGUUUUGGCUGAAGUCCAGAGAUUCACAGAUGGCCUGGAGUUCUUUGUGCAGAACCUCGACGCAUAAGGAUUGUGGAUCAUUGGCAAAAUUCCCCCAAAAAGUGCAGCUUUCCUUUAAGUAAGGGAUUGAAAACAGGGUGCUGGGGGUAUUGGCAUCCGUGCGGUCAAAAAGAGGAUUUCAGAGUCAGCUGCACGGGUUCACUGUUUUUGGUCAGGCCCAUGUCAUAUCUGCAGGCAGCCUACAAAUGAGAUCUUGGAGAGAAGAGGCCCCACCAAGUGUGAGAUGUGGGCAUGGAUGGCAUCAGGCCUUUUGGAACGCCCACCGUGUGCCAGCAAGACUGAUGGACAGCUAAGAAGUUUAAAACAGUUGCCAUGGCUUGAAUAAAAGAGUCCAGAAUCAUUCGUCGGUUGCCAAUCAGUCAACCUCUUACUGUCAUAAACAAAACAACCCAAAUCCUUCCAGUGCAAGUCAUGUGAUUUGACUUCUUUCCCACUGAUAAUAAAACAUUCCAAAAUGUUUGCCUGCGUAUGAGUCAGUGUCCGGUCUAGCAAAAGUCAUCACCAACUGAUGAGUGAGGGUCGGCCCGGCAUCGGUCGGAAGAGAUGGCAGACGAACCGGGUGUCCGCUGGUCCCGCCCGCUGCGUGGAGGUCCAGAAUCACGGCCUCACCCAUGUCUUCUGCGGUGCCGGCUGCACGGAGGAGGACAGUCGUUUCCCCGAUGUCUGGUUUAGCUACAGUUAAAACAGGUUUCCAAACAGUCCUCCAAUCCAGAAUGUGGUGGGAGGUCGUUGUUGCGGUGAU